GUCAGUUACUUUUGAUCUAAGGAGACAAUUCACAGAGAUUAUCGCAACACACUGUUAUGACUUUGAACGGCCAAAGAAGGAGGUCUUUUACUUCAAAAUAUGAUGGCAGAUGGACAGUUUUACUCUUCACACUGUGCUUAUGGGGGGUUAUUUGUGGAGGAUCGAAUGCACAUUUCAGUACACAAGGUCUAAAGUUGCAUCCAGCAGAAUGUCUUAAAAAAUCAGGAUUGCCGGAUCAAGCCCAAGCAGAUAAAGACCAUAGACGGGAAUGUCUAAAUGCAACAACUCAAACUUCUAUAACGGCACAUUCGAACUCAACAAUCAUAGCUCCUUCGUCUGUACCACCUGAAAUGCCAUAUCCUGAAGCCAAUACACAAAAUCCACAACAAACCACAGAAAGAACAAAACCAGAAAAACCAGAAUUAAGAAUCACUAAAGCACCUCUAAUAAUGAAAAUUGGUGAAAAAAAAUCGGACACCUCUACGAUCUUAACUAGCAAUCCAGUCUCAACCUCCAAAACAUCCAAAGUCAUAGUGUCUCGAAGAAACAAACCUACAUCCUCAAAACAUACAACUGCAAGCACUGACACCUCUAUGAUCUCAACUAGCAAUAAAGUCUCAACCUCCAAAACAUCCAAAGUCAUAGUGCCUCAAAGAAACAAACCUACAUCCUCAAAACCUACAACUGCAAGCACUGACACCCCCACUAUCUCAACUAAUAAUCCAGCCUCAACCCCUUAUAACCUCACAUUCAAAGUGUCUCGAAGAACCCCACUUACAUCCUCAACAAGUAUUAAUCCAACCUCAGCAACUACAAUUUCAACAAACCCACCGACUACUUCAACCAUAAUUUCAUCUUCAACAGAGUUUAAAACUUCUUCACACUCCUCCACAACUCCAGUUGUGCCUUCCACUACACAGACUGCAAAACAAACCUCUUCUGCAUCUCAAACCACAAAACCAAUUGCAACCACUACAUCUGCAGCAGCCAGCACUGCACAUCUCAGCCCUUAUACAACAACAGCAAUUCCCCAAACUACACAUUUCUCCAGAACAACUCCAGUAGUAACUUCACAUCUACCUUCAGGAACUGUAUCCCAAAGUACACCUAAAAGUACAACUUCAACUCCACAUGUCCGUACUUCAUCGGGAGCAACAACUGCAUAUCUUACAACCAAAACUUCCACUACACAGACUGCAAAACAAACCUCUUCUGCAUCUCAAACCACAAAACCAAUUGCAACCACUACAUCUGCAGCAGCCAGCACUGCACAUCUCAGCCCUUAUACAACAACAGCAAUUCCCCAAACUACACAUUUCUCCAGAACAACUCCAGUAGUAACUUCACAUCUACCUUCAGGAACUGUAUCCCAAAGUACACCUAAAAGUACAACUUCAACUCCACAUGUCCGUACUUCAUCGGGAGCAACAACUGCAUAUCUUACAACCAAAACUUCCACUACACAGACUGCACAUCAAACCACUUCUGCAUCUCAAACCACAAUGCCCAUUGCAACCAGUACAACUGCAGCAACCAGCACUGCACAUCUCACCACUUAUACAACAACAGCAAUUCCCAAAACUACACCUUCCUCCAGAACAACUCCAGUUGUGACCUCACAACUACCUUCAGGAACUGUAUCCCAAAAAACACCUAAAAGUGCAACUUCCACUUCACAUGUGCAUACUUCAUCGGGAGCUACAUCUCCACCUUCAACAACCAAGACUGCAACAAAAAUAACAUUUGUAACCCCAGUUGUGUCUUCCGCUACAAAGAUUGCAACUCAACCCUUUUCUGCAUCUCCAACCAUAAAGCCCAUUGCAACCACUACAUCGGCAGCAACCAGCACUGCACAUCUCACAACAUACACAACAACAGCAAUGCCCCAAACUACACCUUUCUCCAGAACAACUUCAGUAGUAACUUCACAUCUACCUUCAGGAACUGUAUCCCAGAGUACACCUAAAAGUACAACUUCAACUCCACAUGUGUAUACUUCUUCGGGAGCUACUUCUCCACAGCCAACAACCAAAACUGCACAAGAACCAGUUAUUUUCCCUGCAACAACAAAUUUGAAUGGAAACGCUCCAAAUAGGACAACUUCAGUAGUAACAAUCUCAACUAGCAAUCCUGCCUCAACCUCUUAUAACUCUACAUUAAAAGUGCCACGAAGAACCACAACUACAUCAUCAACACCUACAACCGGAAGCACAUACACAACAACAGCAAUGCCACAAACUACACCUUUCUCCAGAACAACUUCAGUAGUAACACUCUCAACUAGCAAUCCUGCCUCAACCACUUAUAACUCUACUUUAAAAGUGCCACGAAGAACCACAACUACAUCAUCAACACCUACAACUGCAAGUGCUGUUACCCCCACAACUAUUUAUCGAACCUCAGCAACUACACUUUCAACAAACACACCUACAACUUCAACCAUAAUCCCAUCUUCAACAGAGAUUAAAACUUCUUCACAAUACUCCACAAAUCCAUUUGUACCUUCCACUACACAGACUGCACAUCAAACCUCUUCUGCAUCUCCAACCACAAAUUCCAUUGCAACCACUACAUCAAACAAAGAUGUACAACAAAGUACAACUUCAACUCCACAUGUGCAUACUUCAUCGGGAGCUACAUCUCCACAGCCACCAACCAAAACUGCACAAGAACCCAUUAUCCCUGCAACAAUAAAUCCAAAUGGAAACGCGCCAAAUGGGGCAUCAACUAAAUCCCCAACCACAACCGCAACAAAAAUAACAUCAGUAUCCCCAGUUUUGCCUUCCACUACACUGACUGCAACUCAAACCUCUUCUGCAUCUCCAACCACAAAUGUUGUACUCAACAUUUCAUACUCAACAACAGCAUUGCCCCAAACUACCCCUUUCUCCAGAGCAAACUCAGUAGUAACAAUCUCAACUAGCAAUCCAGCCUUAACCUCUUAUAACUCCACUUCCAAAGUGCAUCGAAGGACAACAACUACAUCAUCAACACCUACACCUGAAAGCGCUGCUACCCCCACAGCUAUUAAUUCAACCUCAGCAACUACACCUUCAACAAACACACCUAGUACAGUACAUACUUUGUCUAGAACUACAUCUGCAUAUCCAACUACCAUGACUUUAGAAGCAGUGAUAAACCCUCAAAUAUCAAAUGUAAAUUCAAAUCAAAAUGUGCCAACAAGCACAUAUGGUUCAGCAGUGGUGACAAGCAUACUGCAGUUCAACUCCUCAUCUCCAGUCCCCAGUGAAGAUCUGGUACUGAAAGCUAUCAUGGAUCUCCGGAAUGAAAGGAAACCAAAACUCAAUGACUCUGUGGAACUGGUGAACGUUACCUACGAGAAAAUCUCAGGAACCUCAUAUAAGGUGAUAUUAACAUGUGCUGUGAGUAACAUAUCCAUGCCAGUGGACCCUGAGCAAAGAAACGUCACCUUAAAGAAACUGCAGGACCUUGUCAACAAUGAAGUGAACACUCUUCUGAAUGAGCCUGGCAAAGCAUCUUUGAACCCCAACUCCACCAAUUUCCAGAUCUCACCAGAUAAAAUAAAUGGCACUUUGAAUUACAUCAUCAAAGAUGGAGAUGCCAUACAACCAGUCAGCUUUAUACAAAAGCUACAGUCAGCCAUGGUUUUGGCCACUACAUCAGUAUCGCCUCUGAGAACAAGCCGCUCACCUGUGACCAGUGUUGGAUCUGGUUCAGCAGUGGUGACAAGCAUACUGCAGUUCAACUCCUCAUCUCCAGUCCCCAGUGAAGAUCUGGUACUGAAAGCUAUCAUGGAUCUCCGGAAUGAAAGGAAACCAAAACUCAAUGACUCUGUGGAACUGGUGAACGUUACCUACGAGAAAAUCUCAGGAACCUCAUAUAAGGUGAUAUUAACAUGUGCUGUGAGUAACAUAUCCAUGCCAGUGGACCCUGAGCAAAGAAACGUCACCUUAAAGAAACUGCAGGACCUUGUCAACAAUGCAGUGAACACUCUUCUGAAUGAGCCUGGCAAAGCAUCUUUGAACCCCAACUCCACCAAUUUCCAGAGCCUGUCAGACCAAAUAAAUGGCACUUUGAAUUACAGCAUCAAAGAUGGAGAUGUCAUACAACCAGUCAGCUUCCUUCAAAAGCUCCAGUCAGUCAUGGUAGUGUCCACUACAUCAGUAUCACCCCUGACAACACCUUUGAACCUUGUAUCUGGUUCAGCAGUGGUGACAAGCACAUUACAGUUCAACUCCUCGUCUCCAGUCCCCAGUGAAGAUCUGGUCCUGAAAGCUAUCAGUGAUCUCCGGAAUGAAAGCAAACCAAAACUCAAUGACUCUGUGGAACUGGUGAAUGUCACAUAUGAAAAAAUCUCAGAAACCUCAUAUAAGGUGAUAUUAACAUUUGCUGUGAGUAACAUCACCAUGCCAGUGGACCCUGAGCAAAGAAACCACGCCUUGAAACAUCUGCAGGACAUUGUCAAUAAUGCCGUGAACACUAUACUGAAUGAGCCUGGAAAAACGUCUUUGAACCCCAAUUCCACCAAUUUCAAGAACUCAUCAGACCGAAUAAAUGGUGCUUUGAAUUACAUCAUACAAGAUGGAGAUGUCAUACAACCAGUCAGCUACCUACAAAAGCUCCAGUCACUCAUGGUCUUAACAACAACCAUCACUCCAAAUGGAACUUCGCUUGGAAAAGUGAUUAUUUACAUUAAGUUGGUGUUUAUCACAGUGAACCCCUCUCCGAGUGAGAGCAGUGUUAUGCAGUUAGCUAAUGAUCUCCUAGAUAAAAGCCUCAGAACCAAACGAGACACCCGACAACUAAAACUGAGCGAACCUGUGAGCUUUUUGGAUGUCAGAUAUGAGAGAAUAUCCAACUCUGCGUUUGCCCUCUAUUUCGGAUAUCGAAUCAACAAUGUGACCAUACUUGAUGACCCUGUUGUCAGGAAUGAGACAUACGCAUUAAUUCAGAAAUCUAUAAAUAAUUUGCUAAACAAGAUCUUAAAUUCCCCAUUAGCUACUCCUUUUGAGUUCAAACAAGCCAAUUUCACGAGUAACGACACCGUGAUUCAGGCCAAUGUAGAGUACAUUUUCUCAGACAGAGACAUCAUCACACCCAGCAUGUUUGUUCUAGAACUUACUAAAAUUGGAGAUACCACAGCUACACCUGCAACCACCUUUUACCCCAUAGUGAUGAACACAGGACCAAACAACAGCACUAGUGCAGCGUGGGUCGUGGCUAUAAUUGUACCCUGUGCUAUAGCCAUCCUUCUUGUACCUUGCUGGAUUUUGCUUUGUUGUUUGCUCUGUGGUUGUUGUGCGGCAGUAAGGCAACGCUGGGAAAGAAGGCGGUCAUACAACAUACGUUACUAUAUUCACAACCUCUAAAAAGAUCAAAUACAAAAACUAAAAAUCAAAACUAAAAUCAUUUUACAUGUGUUAAAAAUACUUUUCCUGUAUUGCUGGGCAUACAGGACGUCUGCAAGACUGUGCUUGAUGUGACUUUAUGUUUUGCUACUAAAGGAUUUAUUUAUUGAAUAAUUAUGUCUUGUAAAUUACUGUUGAUCUUGUUGUUCAAAAAAUUAUUUAUUUAAUUGUAUAUGUAGUACAUGUAUUUAGAGGGACAAAUGUAUAAUGUGUUAAUGAUAACACUUUAUCUACAUAACAAAAAAGCACUUUAUCUACAUAACAAAAAAAUAAACAUUUAUAUUAUUCAUGUGUGUAAUGUAUUGUGCCCUUAUGAAAAGUUGCAAAUAGACCAAAAAAGCAUUAACAUGUGCAA